AGCCAGCUGCUCAUCAGUUCUCUCUCAAUCGUCGAGCAAGCAACAUGAACGGAAUUACAUCGCUGUGUAUUUUGGGUCUGGCUCUGAUGAGCUUGGCUGCCUUUGUUUCAGCUGAUGAAGCUCCGGUUGUCGGAGGUGUCAGUCAGUUGGAUGGAGAAAGCAGAAAGGAGGCUCUUAAACUUUUGGAUGAUACCCUGGCACAGCUGGCCACUGGAGAUGGACCGAGCUACAAAGCCAUCAACGUGACCUCAGUUACGACUCAAGUAGUGGCUGGAACUCUCAACACUUACGAUUUGGAGCUGGAUAAUGGAACCGAAAAGAAGAAGUGCACUGUAAAAAUCUGGACUCAGCCCUGGGUAAAGAAGAACGGCACUAACAUAAAGAUCAAGUGCGAAGGUGACGAUGGCGAGUUGGACCGCACUUGGUAAAAGGGACUUUCUUUAAUAUUAGAGCAACGAUAACUUUUAUUCCUCUGAAAAAUGUGUAAUUUUCUUUGCUUUGAUAAAAAUAAAGAAAGCUUAUGGCUUCUAA